AUGAUUUCAGGAUCUUCUGAAUCAAAAGAGCAAACCUUCUCCAAUCGAGUCUUGAAGUGGACUAAGAAAAUGUCAAGCAUGGCAACUGUCUGUGGAUCAACUGAUCAGCUCAACAAUAUCGCACCCUCUGACUCUUUCGAAGGUAUGGUGGAAGAUAAACCAGAGGGAAAGAGAGUUCCAUCUCGUGGCUACCACAACACGUCGAAAGGCAUGAAAGUGACCAAGGCAUCAAGUAAUGAUUCAUAUGACCAUGAUCACCAUACUCUUGCAACUGCAACCACUGCAACUGCAUCUUUCUCCGAAAACGAACACGACGAUGGGUCUUACAUGGAUUUGUCGAAGCGCAGUGAGAGGAGAGCUGCCAAGCCAUACUCGACUCAUUCCUUCCCCGCCGGAAAACACACUUUCACAGUUGAUACACGCUAUUCUAUGAAUCGUGUUGUGGGUUCGGGGGCAUAUGGCGUUGUGGUCUCAUCGCAUGACUCUAGGGCGGCAGAGGAUGUUGCAAUCAAGAUGGUGCCAAAGGCAUUCAACGAUGAAGUCGACGCGAAGCGCAUCUUGCGGGAAAUCAAGCUACUCAAGCACUUCAAACACGACAAUAUCAUUCAAAUUGUUGACAUGAUGCCACCUAAUGCCAGAUAUCUUGAAGACUAUCAUGACAUUUACAUGGUGACUGAUCUUAUGGAAACAGAUCUUCACAGAAUCAUCUAUUCCAAGCAAAAGCUCUCAAUCGAACACGUCCAAUAUUUUGCUUAUCAGCUAGUGAGAGGUUUGAAGUACAUUCACUCCGCGGAUGUCAUCCAUCGCGAUCUUAAGCCAUCCAAUUUGUUGGUUAAUUCAAAUUGUGAUCUCAAGAUCUGCGAUUUCGGGCUUGCCCGAGGUAUCCAUCCAGCUCACGGAGAGGACGCUUCAGGAACAAUGCUUCUCACCGAAUAUGUUGUGACUCGAUGGUACAGAGCCCCCGAGAUUAUGUUGGCUUGUCAUGAAUACUCCAAGCCAGUGGAUGUUUGGAGUGUAGGCUGCAUUUUUGCGGAGCUCAUCCAACGAAAGCCAUACUUCCCAGGAGAUGACUACAUUGAUCAGUUGACCAUCAUUUCGAAAAAGCUUGGAAAGCCAUCAGACAGUGAUCUUGAUUUUGUUACUUCCGAGAAAGCAAAAAGGUUUAUGCGAAAGCUUCCAAGUGAUCCAGCGCCUCCUCUGAGUUCCCAAUUCCCAGGCACUCCAUCGAAUGCCCUAGACUUGAUGAGAAAAAUGCUGUCGAUCCAUCCUCGCAAGCGUAUACCAGUUGAAGAUGCUCUUGCUCACCCAUUCUUUGCUCAACUGCAUAGUGCAGAUGACGAACCAGUUGCUGAAGCGCCUUUUGAUUUUUCCUUCGAAAAGGAGAAGCUUCACAGAAUUCGGUUGCAGGAGCUGAUCUGGCAAGAAGCUGGUCAUUUCCGCCCAUCAUGCCUCCCAGUUGCACCCAGACGAGAUGGUUUACGAGAAGUAUAG